AUGUGUCUUCAAACUCCACAAGCAAAUGAAAAUAUCAGAAAAAUAUUACUGAUCGAUUUCGAUACAAAUAUUGAUGAUGUUGUAUUUGUUGGACCAUAUUUAUAUCAAAAACAAGAUGAUGGAUUGUUACAUAUUGAUACUUUGUCGCUAACUGCAAUAGUUGUUGCAUCAUUAUUGAAUGCUUCUUCAAUGAUAGCGAUUUUUUAUUUUGGAUGGAAAUGUUAUCGAAAGAUGGGUUCUUUGAUGAACGCUUCAAGAAGACUUCAGAAUCUACAAAAACAAUUAUUUCAUGCUUUGCUUGUGGAUAGCUUAAUACCAAUUAUUUUGAUGCAUCUUCCCGUAUCAUUUCUUCUUUUUUCAUGUUUAAUGGAAUUUGAUGUAGGCAGUAUUGCUAGUACAGUCACACUUUCCACAGCGUUAUUCCCAGCAAUUGGUGCACUUCCACCAAUGUUUAUUAUAAAAAAUUAUAGAAUAACUGUGAUCAAUUAUAUAUGUUGUUCGAAAACUAGAAACCAAUCGAUGCAAGUUGACAAUUAG